AAACGAUAUAAGAGGCACAGCGUUGCUUUGUAAAAUAAAUUGUAUGGCAGCCUCGCUAUCCCAGACAUCAUAGUCCGUCGUGUUGCAUCACAGCCAAUUUCUGAAAAAGCUACAAAUAUGGCCUUUAGAAGUUUGUUUUCGAUGCCUGUGGUUAAGGCCGACGAUGAAGAGGAGUUGGUUGAUCCCCAAGCAGCAUUGAGGGAAAAAUGCCAAUCAAAGGGUCAUAUCGAGUCCUUGUACAAUAAAUACCAGGAGUGCAAUGAUCGUGUUAACGGGCGAUCCAAGACCACGGAGACGUGCAUGGAAGAGUUAUUUGACUAUGUUGCUGAACUGGAUCACUGCGUUGCACACAGUCUGUUCUCAAAACUGAAGUAAUUUAACAUGAAUACAGCAAGAUAAGCUUAUUCUUUGAAAAUAUUUGUUAACAAAUCAGUAGUUUAAUAAACGAUGCUUGUGAAUUCGUU